AUGGCUCGCAUCACAGGACAAACAUGGAAAGAGUGGGGAUGCUUCGCAGCUUUACUCGUCUCAAUGCACUACGCUUAUUAUACCAUUCAAAACAAUCCAUCUCUGGUUGCUCCUCAUGAAAGGCAAGAACUGUUUUAUAUUCGAUGGGUUAAAGAGCAGUUUCCUGCUCUAAAAUCAUACGGAGUACAGGAAGAAGGCAAGGAUUUGUUGAAAAGAUUAGAAGAGGAGAAGAAGUCUCAUUAA